UCACUGAGAAAAGAACGUGAGUUACAGCUAGAGUUGCUCGAUCAUCUAAUAUAACUCUAGUUCGCGCGACAAUGUGGCACAACUUCCAAUAUGACCAACAUUACGAUCGACAGCACCGAUUUCGUGUCACACUUCAUCGUUUGAUCAGUGUUGUGCAAGACCUCUACAUCAGAACAAUCAAGUAAAACAAAACAAAAAAAUUACCCGGAGCCUUUCCCGAGCCGCCACUACGUAGGGAUACCACGUUCGGUCCUUGUCACUUGGUCAGAAAUAGCUGUUUAGCGGAGCAACUGCUUCACGAGUGCGCGCAUACCGAAUAAAAUUUGUUUCAAGCCAACGUUCUCGAGUGACGCGGCAUAAAAAAAAGGCAUCGCGCAGAGUUCACCGGUGCACGAAUUCAGAAAUGCAGCCUAAUAGUAUGCGGCUCUCAUGGUCGCAGGUUGGCACAAUCCCUGCAGACUGUGUACGUUCCUCCUGGUCUCGUCAACGCUUCUGUUCCCGAGAACAGCACGAUGCUCGCCUUCCACCUGUCCCGCGUGGCCACGCGUCUCUUCCGGACGCUGGUGCCGCUGGCAAGCGCGGAGGGCGGCCAGUGCUCGGUGCCCUCGGCGCUGACGCAGCAGUCGCAGCGAUCCCUUGUCCGACUCCGCAAGUGUCUGGCCAAGGACGCGCAGUCGCUGCCUUCGCAGCUCCAGCCCCGAGCUUCGGACGUGUUGUGAGACGGCGAAGGGCGGGAAGGCGGGGAAGCCGGGUCCGCCAUACUGGCGCAGACAGCCGCCCUCGGCCUCGCCUUCGCGGCGUUCAAGGAGAUGCUUCGCGCCGAUCUCAUCUGGCGACUCAACUUCCGAUUCGCUUCCCUCGCCAACGUUUCGGCCGACCAGCUGUUUUUCCUGUACUACGUGCUCGAGAACUGCGAGCACAGCGACCGCACGCACCGCGCACAGGAGUACGGCGCCUGGCGUCGGCUGCCGGCCGAGCAGCGGGUCAACCUUCCCCUCCGGCAGAUGGCGCACUUUGCCGAAGCCUUCGGGUGCAAACCGGGCCGGAGCGCCAUGGCGCCGAUGAACCGCUGCGGAGUGCUGCGGUGGCCUACACCAAGGCCUAGUCUGCGGAACGACGAUUGAUAGACGCUCGACACCCACGUGUAACGAUAGCCGAGUUCGAGGCCAAUGGUGACUCCACUAGUUUGUCUAUAAUGGGGUGCCCAUCAGUAUUAUUCAGCUUUAUUAUAGCGAGUAGCUUGUGUGCCCAGGUCGCUUACGCUGUGAUGAGGACUUUAGAGAGCCGCUUUCGGGUCUUCGCGUCUGUUUCUUGGAACAGUGCCGGGAAAGCUUGACAACCCAGUGCGAUCAAUAAUGCGCAUAUUUUUUCAUAAACGGAGUUAAAAGCAUGACCGGGCGCAAUAUAAUAAAGCAUGCACCGACAUCGUAGUCUGCCAAAAUAUGCUUACGAAGCGUUUCGUUUUGUACGGCAGCUACACGUAUCCGGAAUAAUCGCAAGGAACCUCGCGACUAUCAGUGUCAUUUAGAUAUUACGCUUGCCUUUCCGCUUAUUGUUGUAUAAGGUACCAAAGUUUGCAAUUGAAGCCGUGAUGACUGUCGUUAUGUUUUCUAAAUGCUAUUGAAAAAUCAACAUGGCUAAUAUGUGGACGUCCUUCUUAAUAAAGGAGCCCAACUGAUUGCCGGGAUUGCACAUUUCUUUAUUGCG